GCGACGAUGUAUCUCCAACACUAAAGAAUGGCGGUGCUACAGUCUCGGACUAUGAAUUAUGCAAGAAAGCUUAUCGCAAAGAACUCACACCCAAUAUGUUUUGUGCAGGAACUCAAGAAGGAACUCCUGCGCCAUGCCACGGUGACAGUGGACGACCAUAUUUAUCCGAAUUACGGAG